UGGCUUUGAAAUCUGACACAAGGUUUAGGAGGUGAUAUCCCAGGUCUUUUCAAAAUUAUCAAUCUGCACAGCACCUAAUAAGUUUAUGAUUUAUCAUUUUGAUGAGGGGUUUUGCUCAACUUCCUUCAGCUGUCUUGAAUGGUGGAUAGAGUGCUGACCCUCAGCCUUUGCACUAAGCUAGGAUUGAAGUCGAAAAGCAGAGCAAUGAGUUACAGGCCUGUUCCCGGGUAUGCACCACCGCCGCCGCCGCCGCCACCCUCUCCCCCACCGCCGCCAGAUUACCCUCCUCCUCCAGGCCCCCCACCACCACCUGGCUAUCAGGGUUACUAUUAUCCGCCGCCGCCACCAAACCCAAUUCCACCCCCGCCCCCUUCACACCAAGAGGAUGGUGAACCUAACUGCUUUUCAGUCCUCAAAGGCUGUUUGGCUGCAAUUUGUUGCUGCUGGAUAUUGGACGCAUGCUGUAAUUAGGCCCUUAGAUGCAUCUUAUCUUUAUUUAUUUUGCUUUUGAUAGAUUGAUUUGAGAUGUCCUGCAGUAGUGUUGCAGUAUUACUGGAAAAUUGAACCUGUAGAUGCACAUUAUGAAGACAAGUGCAUGCUUUACAUGAUGAAGGGGAAGGCUUUCUUGUUUGACACUUUCAUGUUUGCAAUUGUAAUCCUAUAUUUUAAGUUCCAUUUCAAAGUUGUACUUGUACGUGUAACACUAGUGGAGUAGGCAUCCUCAAUUUGAACUUAUAAUAUUGAAAUAUUAAUUUACAAUUUAGUA